AUAGAUCCUCUGUCCCGCCCUCCCUACUUCCCCGCAAAUGAUCCUUUUGUAACAAUAUAAUAUCUUGGGUUUGUGCGCCCCAACCUCUAAAGAAAUUCGAGUCUUACGUUGAUGGUACUACUCGCCUUACAUUAUCAGAUCUUUGUGCUUCUGUUUCUCGACGCACCGGCGUCGCUUCUGGGGUGAAAUUCCCGGUUGAGAGAUUGUGGAAGAGCUGGGUUACUACCACGGACGGCCCCUCCGAAACCUGCGAAGAUGAAGAUCGCCUGCCUCCAGUUCGCGCCUCAGGUUGGGGAUGUUGACAACAACCUCAAUCGCGCAGAUGCCGUUUUGAACAAAGCAAACCAGUCCGAGCUGGAGGAUCUUGAUUUACUCGUUCUACCCGAACUUGCUUUUUCGGGGUACAAUUUCAAGUCGCUGCAAGACAUCUCGCCGUUUUUGGAGCCUACGGGGUCGGGAAUCAGUGCACUCUGGGCUCGUACGACUGCGCUCAAAUUCAACUGCAACGUCGCACUUGGGUAUCCUGAAAAGGUCGACGUGACGCCAGAAUGGCCCGCGUCGCCGGAAUACUACAACUCGUGUCUGAUUGUCAAUGGCGACGGCGAAACUAUUGCCAACUACAGAAAAUCCUUUCUCUACUACAUCGACGAGAAAUGGGCACUCGAGGGGCGCGAUGGUUUCUAUGAUGACUACAUUCCUGGCCUUGGCUCGACAGCUAUGGGCAUCUGCUCCGAUCUCAAGUUCGUAGCAAUUUCGUCCCGACCACCAUCCCGAACCCUUAGAGAACGAAAUCUAACCCGCUCUAGCCCUUACAAACUCGAGGCCCCAUGGCUUGCCUUUGAGUUUGCCUUCCACGUUCUUCACGUUGCCGCUGACUUGGUCAUUCUUUCAAUGGCAUGGCCUACCGAUGAGGAUCAACGCAUGUACAGCCGCAUGCCUCAAGAGCCAGACAUGGACACGAUAACAUACUGGGUUCAGCGUCUGGAGCCGCUCAUUCGAGCUGAGCAGGACGACGAGAUCAUUGUUGUGUUUUGCAAUCGCACCGGCACCGAGGAGGACCUGACCUACGCCGGAACGAGCGCCGUCGUCGGCAUCAAAAGCGGAGAAGUGUCUGUCUAUGGCCUUCUGGGCCGCGGUGUGAAGGAGGUCCUUGUUGUCGACACCGACCUACCAGCUUUUGCGAAACUCGUUCAGCGCACCGACCCAUAUCCCCAGGUAGAGCCUACAUCCAACCCGUCACUGCUCCUGCCAAGUAGGCCUCCGGCACCACCCCCGCCUGAAUCGUUGCCCGAAGUCAGAAAGGGCCACACGCCAAAGCUUUCGGCGGCGGCGGUAGAGAGGCAAAGGAGCAAACCCGCGACUGCGAGUACGACUGCAACAAGUCUACCCAGUCAAAGUUCUCGCAAUGAAUCGCCUAAGCCGCAGUCCGUCAAAGAGCCUGCAAAGAAGCUGCCAAUACCUCAAAAGUCCGAGAAGCCACCUCACAUCUCCACAGAGAAGCGAACAGAAAUGCCUCCGGCCGUCGAUACGACGAACAUCCAGUCUCCCACGGGUACAGGCCGUCGGAAAGAGAAACCCAUGUCACCAACCAUUAUAAUUCCAGACAGUGCAUUCCGUUCCAAACCCCCAGCUACCGACUCCUCGAGGGACGAUAGCCCCAUGGUAGAGACACCGACAGCACCCAGUCCAACUCCCGCACACAUGCGGCCCAAACUUUAUCUUCCCCAGACCGAGGAAGAGUUCAAUAAAAACUACCGCCAGGCCCUGACUCCAUUCCCGGGUACGGGUCCAGACCCUAGAAGCGAGGAGAAGCUUCGAGCGAAGCCGUACAUCUAUGACGGCAGCGUCACAGUCACCACGGACUUGCUGACGCCGCGGACGCCAUAUCUAGAGUUCUUCCGCGACUCGUCGCCUCAGGAGUCCAAGUUCUACUGGGUGCCAUCGCAACAGAUGAUGGAGACCCCAGUCGAGACGCGACUACCACAAAACGCAACGUCGGGCAACUCCAGGUUGAAGUCUAGCAUGGCUGCCUCGUCUACUGGCCACAUGCCUCGAAGACCAUUUCGGUCUCCCGGCUCAGGCACGCAGACUCCCCAGGAAAUUUCAGAAAAGCCGGCCAAGGUCAGGGUGCCUACACCGGCCGAGGUACAGCCGCCCGAGACGGUCUUGGGAUCGAGAGCUGGCGCGCGGAGCCGCGGCCCGCCCACGGACCCGCAAACCUCCGCCGCCGCGCCAACCGAGGCUUCUGUAGCAAGCCCUGAGCGUCUGAGGCAUGUCGGCAAGCGCUCCGGCUCGCGCGCCGAAAACAUCAGCUCCCCCGUCGUGGAGCGAGGCCGGGCCCACUUUGACUUUUCCUCCUCGCCCUUUACGCACAGCUCCAGGGGGCGGGAUACCAACCCCCGCAGCCCGAUAUUAGACCGGCAGAAGAGUACGUCGCGAGCCUCCAUUCCCAUUGCUGCAAGCCCUAGUCUUUUCAGCGGCGGGUUUCGUCCAGAGGAGCAGGGCGAGCAACAGCUGAACGACGAAAAGCAAAUGUCGCAGAUCAAAGGGCCAGACCCCGAACCGCUGCCCAGGUCGGUGCAGCGGGGUCAGGACAGCCCGAAAGGAGCGGCGCGAGACGCCAACCGACCCAGCAGCAGCCGGCAGGAUCGUCGUGAUCGGACCGCCGCCAAGGAGCGCAACAUCUCGCGCCCCACCAGCCGACGCGGCCACCACGACCCGGUAGAGGAGCGUGACUUUCAGAGCAAGCUCAGAAGUCGCUCCCUCGGCGGCGGCGAGUUUGCCGUUCGUCGGGUCCGCGCUGCCGACAUCGCGGCCAAGAACUCGCCCAUGUACGGCGGCAACAUCGCACGGCCGCAGACCAGCAUCGGGCACCGGCGCGACGAGCCGCCCAAGCUAUCCCCGACUUACAACCCCAAGCUCUCGCCGACUGCGCUUUCUGACCCCAGCGAUCGAACUACGCUCCAGUCACAGCGCGGACGUCCCGUCAUUGAUCGAGGGUCAUCUUAUGGGCCCGAGAGGAGGGCAGGUUCCAAAACCUCCCGAAUGUCUCCAGAAAAUCCAUUCACGGGCGAGGGAGACGACGAGAUAAUCGCAACCAUUAGUCGUAUCAACGACGGUUGCCCAGUGCAUACCACCAAUGGCGGGCCCCCGGCCGCGGUUGUCAAGUCCGAAGAUGGAACGCUCUAUGCUGUUGAGUUUGCGAAAGGGGCUGAGUCCCUUGCCGAGUCGAUCAUCCCGACGCAUCAGAAGAAUGUUCUCACCCGUUUUGGCAUCGAGGGGCUCAGCCGUCGGCAGAGCGCUGUUUGGUGA